GAGCGGCGCGCUCGAAACUCACUCACUCGCCGCAGUUGUAAAGGAACGAAGUUUAGAACUUUAAAUUGUGCAAUUUUCUUAAAGAAAACAAACGACAACAACAACACGCGCGCGCGCGUGUGCAUUGUUACGACAAAGUAAUGCGAUCGUAAGCGGUGGGAUUGUUUAAAAAAAAAAAUUAGUUAGUCGUGCAAAAGUUUACCUCAGAUCUCGACUCAAAUGGCAAGCGCCUAUCCACGCCUGGGCAGCUUGAGGCGCCCAUGGCGCUUGCUGUCGGCCCUUCCCCACGCCGGCACCGCCAACGCCGGCGGCAGUGCUGGCGUGGCUGCGACGGCUGUGCCGGCGCGCAGGCUGCACAGCCGCCCGUUGGAUGCCCGCCUCGCCAACGCCGAGCUGUCCGACUACAUCGAUAGCACCGCCCGGCUCUGCCAACCGGACAAGGUCCACAUCUGCGAUGGCUCUGAGGCUGAGAACGAGGCGCUGCUUUCGCUGCUGCAGAACCAGGGCAUGGUCAAGAAGCUCCCCAAGUACCAGGAUUGCUGGCUGGCACGCACGGACCCCCGCGACGUGGCGCGCGUGGAGAGUCGCACGGUGAUCGUGACGGAGAGGGAGCGGGAUACGGUGCCCGUGCCACGCUCCGGCAGGCCCAGCCAGCUGGGCCGGUGGAUGUCGCCGGGAGACCUGACGUCGGCCAUGCAGGAGCGUUUCCCCGGGUGCAUGCGCGGCCGCACCAUGUACGUGGUGCCGUUCAGCAUGGGCCCGCUGGGCUCGCCGCUGGCCAAGACGGGAGUCCAACUCACCGACUCCCCCUACGUGGUCGUGUCCAUGCGCAUCAUGACGCGCAUGGGCGCCCACGUGCUCUCGGCGCUGGGCGACGGGGAGUUCGUCAAGUGCCUGCACUCGCUCGGAAGCCCUCUGCCGCUCGCCGAGGGCGUGUCGGCCACCUGGCCGUGUAACCCAGACAAGACGCUCAUCGCCCACGUGCCGGACCGGCGGGAGAUCAUGUCGUUCGGCAGCGGCUACGGGGGCAACUCCCUGCUGGGCAAGAAGUGCUUCGCCCUGCGCAUCGCCUCGCGCAUCGCUCGCGACGAGGGCUGGCUCGCGGAGCACAUGCUGAUCCUGGGCAUCACGAACCCCGAGGGGCGCAAGAAGUACAUCGCGGCGGCCUUCCCCAGCGCGUGCGGCAAGACCAACCUGGCCAUGAUGACGCCGUCGCUGCCCGGCUGGAAGGUGGAGUGCGUGGGGGACGACAUCGCCUGGAUGAAGUUCGACAGUGAAGGCCGCCUGCGCGCCAUCAACCCCGAGAACGGCUUUUUCGGCGUGGCGCCCGGCACGUCGAUGAAGACGAACCCCAACGCGAUGCUGACGGUGGCACGGGGCACCGUGUUCACCAACGUGGCCGAGACGGCCGACGGCGGCGUCUACUGGGAGGGCAUGGGGGGCGACCCUCCCAGCGGCGGCGUCACCUCGUGGCUCAACAAGCCCUGGAGACUGGGAGACGGCACACCGGCGGCGCACCCCAACUCGCGCUUCUGCACGCCGGCGCGCCAGUGCCCAAUCAUGGACCCCCAGUGGGAGUCCCCUGAGGGGGUGCCCAUCGAGGCCAUCGUGUUCGGAGGGCGGCGCCCGGAAGGGGUGCCGCUGGUGUACGAGGCGUUUGACUGGCGCCAUGGGGUGUUUGUUGGCGCUGCCAUGCGGUCAGAGGCCACCGCGGCCGCAGAGCACAAAGGCAAGGCCAUCAUGCACGACCCCUUCGCCAUGCGCCCCUUCUUCGGCUACAACUUCGGCCGCUACCUCGCCCACUGGCUGGCCAUGGAGCGCCACGCCGGCGCCCGCCUCCCCAAGAUCUUCCACGUCAACUGGUUCCGCCGGGACCCGUCCACCGGCGCCUUCCUGUGGCCGGGCUUCGGCGAGAACGCCCGCGUCCUCGCCUGGAUCUUUCGCCGUGCCGACGAGGGCCCCGGCUCGGCCGGCGAGGGCACGGCCGCCGUCGCUUCGGCCGUGGGCCUCCUGCCGGCGCCGGGCGCGAUCGACGUGGCCGCGGCGGGCGGCGGGCCGGCCGCCGACGAGGCGGCGCUGUUGGCGCUGCCGCGGGACUUCUGGGAGCGCGAGGCGGACGAGGUGGGCCGCUACCUGGAGGAUCAGGUGAACGACGACCUGCCGGCGGAGGUGGCGCGUCAGCUCGAGGCGCUCAGGGGCCGCGUGGCCGCCAUGUGAGCUGGGGGAGGGUGGGGUUGG